AGUCGCAAACUAUGCAGUGAAAUUGUUUUUUAUUUCAUUUAUUAUUAUUUUAAGGUAAUUUGCAGACAACCCCUUAACGGAGAACAAUUUGUUGGAGUUGACGAAAAACAAACAUUAUCAUCCUCUUUGAAAGCUUGUUUAGGUUAAAAAAGACAUUAAGAGGCCAGAGCUGCGGAAAUUCAUUGGGAGGCGGUUAACAUGCAUGGGCGGUAGCUUUAUUUGAAAUUUCCUCCUUAUUUCAUAGUUACACCGGCACUCAUUUCGAAAACGCAGUCGAAAAAUGCGUCUGGUCACUUCCCUGAUCGUUUCCUUAUCACUAUACAAUCUUUUUUCUUGUUAUCGGGCUAGGCGUGAUGAAAGAAAUAAAGGUCCAUUUUACUCUCGAGUGGACAGCGGACAAAUUGUGUCGAUUGAGGAAGAGAACGAACUGUUCGCGUCUAGCGGAAUUUGCCAGUCAGAAAACCGGUCAGUUCUGAACACAUGCGAGAAUAAAACGAACAGCGCAGUUCGGAAAUGGCAAGAACUCCAACUCGCUUCGUGUUUCUGUGAUGAUUUUUGUCAUUUUUAUGGUGAUUGUUGCGCCGAUCUUGUUGGACAUUUUGAUUACCAAGGCAGUGCACUGACUUGCCGAAAACUGAGAGAUCCGGUUAGUUAUUUUAACCCUAUUUACGUUUAUCAAGAAUGCCCGGAAAAGUGGGAUGAUCCGCUAGUUGCAGAUUUGUGCAAAAUGGAAGCAAUGGAAAGGAAAUCUAAAAAUCUAUAUUAUGACCAUCGCCAGGAUAUACCUGUGUACAGCAAAUCUUCGAGAAUAUUCUACAGGAAUGUAUACUGUGCUAUUUGCAAUGAUGACCUUAAUUUGGAAAAAUGGAGUACUUAUCUGUACUGCAAUGGUUCGCCCAAUGCUCCGGAUGCAGGUUUUGAAGACUCGCCAGAUUUCAGUACUGCUUUUUAUGAUCCGCGAACUAAUAGUUACCGUGGAGUUCAGAUUGAGGGCGUAUCCAGAAACUGCUUUAUUGUCAUAAAGAACUUUAGACUUGAUAGAUUAUUGGAGGAGUAUGGCGCAAGACUGUGCAAAAAGGUUGUGGGAGAAUGUCCAAGCAACGCCGAUUCUAAAACGGCAAAAAUGUGCAGGCAAUAUUCUUCUUAUGUUUAUGAGUUGAAUAAUAUAUACGCGCAGCGUAAAGUUUUCAAAAAUUUUCACUGUGCUAUGUGUCAUGGUACUCCUGCAAAAGAUUUGAGCUGUGUGGAUCCUGUAAGUCGUGGUUUCAGCUCACCACUACCACCGAGUCAAAGACUCAGCUUGUCCUUGCUGUUCGACUUCAACUUUGGCGGUGAUGGUGGUGGUGGAAAUACUUGUGAAUUAACCAAAGGUCAAAUAUGGGAUCCUCUAUUUCGUCAAUGUCAAAACGUCACGUGUGGAGCUCUUUAUAAAAGAAACGGGAAUAAAUGUGUGCCAAUAUCGCCGAAUAAGACGGAUGAGGAUUCCGUCAAUAACUGUUUAAGAAAAGUGUUAAACAAAGAAAUGUUUACAUUCCUGCCCGAUGGUAGAGUGUAUGUUAAUAUCUCCGGUGAAACUUUCAAAUCUGAUGAAUUCGAAAUUAUCACGAAAGAAAAUGAUGAUGUAAUUCAGAUUGCAGUUUGUUGGGACGUAGAUACGAAUCUGAUGCCUAAUUUUCACAUUCAUUACUGGUUAACUGUCAUAACGCUAAGUAUAUCAAUUGUUUGCUUAGUAUUGCAUCUAUCAGUGUAUGGAAUGUUCAAAACACUGAGAAAUUGCCCUGGUAAGAUUCUGAUGUGCCUGUCCUCAUCACUUCUUUGUGGUCAUUUUUCGCUUCUACUUGGAUCUUAUUUUGUUCAAAUAACUUGGUUGUGCUAUGCCAACAGCUUACUGAUGCAUUUUGGAUACAUCGGUGCUUUCACUUGGAUGAGCGUAAUGGCUUUUGAUAUCUGCAGAACAUUCUCCGCGAUCCAAUCUAAAAGCUCCAAUAAGGAUAGAACAUUCAUAAAAUAUUCGAUUUAUGCUUGGUGCUCUGCGAUAUUUGUUGUAGCUUUAAGUGUCAUCGUCGAUAACUUGUUGGCAUCUGACAACAAAUUCCGACCAAGGUAUGGAAAUCCUAUUUGUUGGUUUAACCACAGAUAUGGAUUAAUUGUGUUUUUUACUGUACCAGUGGCUGUUUUGCUUCUUGCCAAUAUAAUCUUGUUUGGAAGGACAGCUUUAAGUUUGCGGGAAGUGUCUCGUCAAACAAAACUGGUUAACAAUUUCUCAGAGAAAAUGAGGUACUUUUUGUACCUGAAACUUGCAGUUGUGUUAGGAUUAACUUGGAUUCUGGGCUUUGUUGCUGGUGCAGCUGGGAUUAAUGCUCUUUGGUAUCCAUUUAUUAUUUUAAAUGGUCUUCAAGGAGCUUUAAUAUUUCUCUCCUUCACAGUAAAAAGGAACAUUUUGAAUAUGCUAUCUAUAAAGUUUAGGCUGCGCUCCGAUAAGUACACAAUGAGUAAGAGAACGGGUUUCAAGGCAGCCAUGUAUACAAGUUUGACAAACUUAACAUCAAUGUCAAUCAACUUAUCUUCACAAAUGUCUACUUCUUCAGAAAGUAAAGACAUGUUGAAAUCUGUGAGAAAAAUUAAUCCAGAUGCAGUACUAGAAAAAGCUAACUCAAAAUGAAAUGUUUUUUUUUUUAAAUAUUUUUUUUGGAAACUAUUCUGCUGAUUCAGUAUUUUGUAAGUAUUAGUUUAUAGAAGUGUAAACACGAAGGAGAUUAUAACUGAUUUUUGGACAAGUUUAUUAUGACUUUGAAUUUCAGGUACGUUAGCAUACCAAAUUUGCAUCCUAUAUGUAACAAAGUAGAAGUUUUGCAUAGCAAAUUCAGGCAAUAAGCUAAUUCAGUUAUGUUUGUGAGUAGAUGGAUGCAAACGCAAAUUUAAUAAUUUUUCGUGUUUCAUAAUACAGUUAUUUUUAACAAUAAUAUAAUAAUUUUUGUGUUACAUAGCAACUUCAGAUUACAAAUUCUUCUGAUUCUGACAUAUUCUUCUGAUUAAGAUUUCUAGCAGUUCAUUAAUUUAAGACUCUUCGGGUAUGCUAGAUAAUAUUUUUUUCGCAUUUUCAAUUCAUAACGUAGAGUCUUACAUGUGUAAUACAGGAAUUAUAGUGUUAAUAUAGGAAUUCAUUUGCAACAUAGUAUAUGUGUUACUUAGAGAAUUUAAUUACGUUGACUGCUGACCCAGUUAAAGUUGUGAUUUGACGUAAAAUAAUACAAACAGUGAUAUUUGACUGUUUCUAAAUAAUAAUAGUAAUUCAUAGUUACCUUUAAAGGUAUUUUAGAAAAUGUAUAUAAAUUUCCUAUUUGUAACAUAGUGUAUUAUAUGUGUAUCAUAAACUAGUAAUUUAUUUGUAGAUGGUAUUUUAUAGUAAAUGGCACACAUAGUGAAUAGUUUUUGUAUUGAUCACUCGAAUUGCUUAUUUUCAGUAUUAAAAUGUGUAAUGAAAUCUA